CUCUCGAAAUACAAGCAAGGAGCAACUGCGAACAAUAGAUCACAAUGUCAAGUUCAGAGUCACUAAAUAAUAGCUUUCAUGAGGAAGAGAAUAAAGAAGUGGCUAAUUUCAAUAUAAAUAAAUCCAGAUGGUCUUUUAAAGGAAAAAACAGCCAAUCCAAACCUUCUAGAAAAGAUUAUAAGAGCCAUCAACAGAAUAGUAGUAAGGUCAAUGCUAGAAGAAAUUUAAAUACUAAUUAAUGUAAGUAUGCUAUCCCAGGAAGAUCCAGAGAUGAUCAAUGAGAAUCGAAGAAGAGCUGCAAAUGGGACGGCUGCUCCUGAUGCAGUGAUUUAUCAACAGUUUUUCAAUUAUCAAACUUUCUUUGGAAAUAAAACAAAGAAAAGAUCUAGCGGAACAGGAGUUAACCCUGCAGGAAUGAGGAAAAUGUCUGGCAUAAGCAAAAUCUCAAAUAAUAAACUAUUUUCAAGUAUUGGAAGUGGACCAAUAGAGACUACUGCAUUCGAAGCACCUUCAAUCUCAAAACAUCAAAAGAGAAGCCUUGGGAACACCAGAGGGUCAAUCGAACAGCCUCGCUCUAAAAUCAUGAAAAACCUAAACUCCUCAAUUCACUCUACUACUCGCAACUUCUCUUCUAUAAUAAACCAUCCCAUUAGUCUCAACAACUCGAUGGCUCUUAAACAAUCAGCUAACAAAGAAUCCUUAAAUAAUUCCUUAAUAACUGAAGGGAAUCAGAAUCUACUUCCUUUAAACAAAAUUAAUAAGAAUAUGAAGAAGAGGCUGAAUAACCUACGGAACAAAGAGAUUGUGAAUAAACCUAUAAAGGUCACCUCGCCAGCACAAAUUUAGGACCAAGAGGAAUCUAGGCGCCACUCAGUCCUUAAGGAACAGUACGAAAGUAGAUGCCAAGUGUGGAAGAGGAGCAGCGGAUACUGGGCUCAAGGGGAUGAGAAGGGAUGGAGAGGCUGAAGAAGAGCAGGAUGGAGGGAAGAAGGGGGUGGAGAGGGGGAGAGAGAAGGGAAGAGAGGAGGUAAAGGAAGGAAAAGGGGUGGAGAAGCGAGGAAAAUAUGGGUUAGAUAAGGUGAAAAUGAGAAAAUCUAAAGUUUAUGAUUUUUUAUCAAAACCUUUGAAAUCUUCAAAGAAGCAAGUUAAAAUUUUUCCUCAUAAGCCUAAUUUGCAGUUGAAAAAUCAAAGAAGUCCUGGUAGCUCUCCUAAAAAGCCUAGAACAACCAAAAAUGCUCAAAAAGGAUGAAUAAAAAUUCCAGAAACAUUUCUUAACUCUGAUAGAAAAGUUUCUCCUAAGAGAGAAAUAAUAGAACUCUCAAAGAAAAAACUAAAUAGGGGAAGUUCUAAAGCAAAUGGCUCACCAACCACGUCCCUAUCGAGGCCAAUCACAACGAUAAAAAAGGCACCGCCAAAGCUGAAAUUGCCGAUUUCAACUACAAAUUUUGUUGAAAAAUACUCAGAUUACCUAGUCCCUUACGAAGUCAAAGAAAUUAUGAACUAUCCCACUGUGUAUUACAUAAACGCAAUAGAACGGAAGCAAGGCAAAUUACCCAAACAAGAAGGAGACCGGAACUACGGCUGGAGCAAACUUAACGGAGAAUUCUUAUAUGAAGAACAUGACAUGAUCGCAUACAGGUAUGAAAUCAGAAGUGUCCUAGGUAAAGGCUCUUUUGGCACUGUCUUCAAAUGCUAUGACUAUAAAGAAAAAGACUUUAUCGCUAUCAAAGUUAUCAGGUGUAGAAAGAAACUCCAGAAACAAGGCAUGGUAGAGGUUAGCCUCCUCAAGCAUCUCAAGGAGCAUGACAAACAUGAUAGGAAUAAUAUAGUCAGAAUUAAGAACCAUUUCUACUGGAGGAAUCAUUUAUGAAUUUGAUUUGAAAGUCUGUCAAUUAAUCUAUACGACUACUUAAAGAAGAAUAUGCACCAAGGAUUCUCGAUUGAUCUGAUCAGGAGGUUUGCUAUCCAAAUACUCAUCUCUCUGGAUUACCUCGAGCAGCAUAGAAUUGUACAUUGAGACUUGAAGCCUGAAAAUAUUUUGUUACGCAAGCCAACCAAAUCUGGUAUCAAACUGAUUGAUUUUGGAAGUAGUUGAUUCCGACAAAAGAUUAUUUAUACAUAUAUUCAGAGUCGUUUCUACCGAGCUCCUGAAAUCCUGCUUGGGAUUGACUAUACCUGAGCUAUUGAUAUGUGGAGUUUUGGCUGAAUUCUUUACGAACUUUAUACAGGGUACCCUCUAUUUGCAGGAGAAGAUGAGAAUGAACAGAUUCAACUUAUAAUGGAAAUAAAAGGAGUUCCUCCUGUUGAUGUGAUCACGCAAGGGUCAAGAUGGAAGUCUUAUUUUCAUUCAAACUAUAAUCCGAGAUCAAUCCCAAAUUCUAAGAAUAAAACACGAGUUCCUAAUUCUAAAACCCUUCGAGAUAUCCUUAAAUGAGACGAUGAAGACUUUCUAGACAUCAUUGAUAAAUGAAUAGAAUGGAAGGUUGAAGACCGGCUUCGCCCAAAAGAUGCUCUACAGCACAAAUGGAUAAAAACAGGCUUGGAAAAAGUCUCCAAAGGGGUUAAGCCUUCUUCCAAAUUGAUUAAAUAA